AUGUAUGUCAAGGAAAUUAAUGAAGAGAUAAAUAAGAGACUCUAUUAUCCUAAUAGAUAUGGUAAUAAUGGUAGCACUGGGUGGGGUUCGUAUAAAUGGUUAUUAUGGUUGUUAAUUCUUAUUCCACUUCUCAUCGUGGUAGUCUUGUUUUGCUUGAGAAAGAGAAAGAAUAAGGGUAAGGUUCAUGUUAUGGAUAAUAACCAGUAUUAUCAAACGCAACAAGCAGGAGGUUAUUAUAAUCAAGGACAAGGAUAUCCAAACCAGCAGGAUAACCAAUACCCGCCAGCAAACCCAGACGCUGGCGGAUAUGGUGGAUAUAACCAACAGCAAGGGUAUACUGAACAGCCAGGAUAUAACGGCCAGCCAGGAUAUAGUGAACAACCAGGAUACAAUGGAAGCAAGGUUGAUGAUAUUAAUCCGGAUGAGUUCCAAAGGCCUGACGGACCGCCUCCAGCGCAUUAUAAGUCCUAG